AUGGCGGAGUCGCAGCCAAAGGAGUACACGGCGUUGUCUUAUACCUGGGGAGAUUCCGUGUUUGAUGCGAGCAUAAUCAUUGAUGGUCAGCGAGCGAGUAUCACCACUAGUCUCAAGAACGCGUUGGUGGAGCUGAGUAAGAUCGAAAAUCUAACGCAAGGAAAAUGGUGGAUUGACCAGGUUUGUAUCAACCAAUCCGACGUCGAAGAACGCAACGCGCAGGUAGGUUUGAUGCGCGAGAUAUACAAAUUGUCGCGCGGUGUUACUAUCUGGCUCGGAGAGCCUGUGGACCCCAGUUAUAAUGCCAUCGAUGUGAUUAAGGGCGCCAUCCUGCACAAUGACCGUCAACCCGGGCGUAGGGAGCGACAACAUAAGAAGUCCACAAUAGAGGUGGUCCAGAAAAACUGGGAAGAAUUGCGGCGGUUUUUCCAAAUGCCUUGGUGGUCGCGGUGCUGGGUACGUCAGGAGGUUGGUUAG